AUGGCAUUGAGGCGUAGGGUGGGUGUGGCGCUGGGCGCGCUGCUGGCCGUGCUGCUGGUGGUCGGCGUGGCCGCCCAGGUCGGGUCGCCCAAGAAGAAGGUCGACAAGACCAUCACGCACAAGGUGUUCUUCGACAUCGAAAUCGACGGCGCGCCCGCCGGACGCAUCGUCAUGGGCCUGUACGGCAACGUUGUACCCAAGACUGUUGAGAACUUCCGGGCCCUGGCUACGGGAGAGAAGGGGACUGGAAAAGCGGGCAAGCCGCUGCACUUCAAGGGCUCCAAGUUCCACCGCGUGAUCCCGAACUUCAUGAUCCAGGGCGGAGACUUCACGAACGGCGAUGGCACGGGCGGCGAGUCCAUCUACGGCGCGCGGUUCCCCGAUGAGAACUUCAAGCUCAAGCACCUGGGCCCGGGCGUGCUCUCGAUGGCCAACGCGGGCCCGAACACCAACGGGAGCCAGUUCUUCAUCUGCACCGUCAAGACGUCGUGGCUCGACGGCCGCCACGUGGUAUUCGGGCGCGUGAUCGAGGGCAUGUCGGUGGUGAAGACAGUCGAGGAGAAGGGCACGCCCUCGGGCAAGCCCAGCGGCGUCAUCACCAUCGCUGACUCCGGCGAGCUGCCCGUCGAGGAGGGCGGCACGCCCGACGAGGAGCUGUGA